AUGUUAGCUUUGUUACAAAGUCUUUUUCACAAUGUUCAAGUUGAGGUGUUGCUUUCUGGUGCAACAUCCAGAUCAUUCCAACCAUUGACUGGCGUUAUGCAAGGAUCUGUGCUUUCUCCCCACCUUUAUUCUGUGUACAUAAAUUCUCUACCAGUUGCUCUUCGUGCUGCAGGGGAACUUUGUCACACAGUAUUUAAUCAGACUGCUGCCACAAGACUCAAUGAUCAAUUAGUCAAUUCACUACUUUUUGCUGACGAUGUUGCCAUCAUUGCUAUACCAGAAGCUAUGCCUGUCAUUCUGAAUUCUGCUGAACAACAUUCUCAAGAGCUAGGAUAUCGUUGGAGUCCCACCAAGUGCAUGAUCCUUCACCAUUCUUGUUCUCUUUCUCCUUUGUCAUUCUCUCUCUACAAUGUGCCUAUUCCUCAUGCUCAUUCGUUUCCUUACCUUGGUGUUCCCUUCUCAGCAAAGGGGACUAUUGAUCCAUCUCUUCUCAUCUCUCGUAAUUGUGUCUCUGCUAUCAACAGCAUGCGUGCUCUCCAAUCACUUGGUGUCAAUCACACUGGGUUGUCACGUCUACUCUCAAUUCGUUUGUAUCACCAGUUUAUUCGUCCACAAUUUGAGUAUGGCCUGGCAAUAUCCUGCUUCAACAUCAAACAAGUUGCUGUGCUUGAAAAGGCCCAGAACACAUGCUUACGCAUGAUUUUUGGAGGUCACUCCACAUCUUCUACAUCUGUUUUCCGUCACCUUGGGAAUCUUUCUAGCAUGAGGGAGAGGAUCUUGACUCUUGGUUUCAAGUUUGUAUAUCGUGCUUUCUGGUUGCCUGAUGAGGCUCUGUUUACUCUUCUUCGACCUGUUCUUACAAACCCAGCACACCAAUGGUUUAAGCUUUUAGCUAAUCCCAUUUGGUUGUCUCUCUCCAAUCGUCAGAAUGCUGAUUCUAAAGCUUGCAAGCAUGCCAUUCGUUCAUUUUUGAACCAGGGCCUCUUCUUGCAACGCUCUCAACAAAUACUUCUCUCUGCUUGCCGUCCUUCUCCUGGUGUUGACCCUAUUCUCUGGCUUCCCAUGACUAACUAUGAACGUAGUAGAUUCAUACGCUGGCGUAUGGGAUGGCUUCCUGGACGUCCUCAACCUUGUUUCUGUGGAUUGCAUACCACCAGCCGUCAUCAUAUCAUUGAGUGCACUGGAGCUGCAAUUCGUCUCCAUCUCUAUUCUACAGUACAACCCAAUCCAAUUGAUUAUGUACUCAAUAUGCUGCCUAUGAAGAAACUUAAAAACAACAAGAACAAUGCCUUCUGGAUCUUUACUUGGCCAAUUCUUUGUAGAAUAAUGUUGGACAUAGAACAGAUCUGUCUCCCUGGGGUUGAUCUUGCUGAUCAUGCUGCAACAGACAGAGGACAACUCUUCUUAAACUGGCUACCCAAAUGA